UUUUCUGGCUGAAACUCUGAAGAAGAAGGGAAGGAAAGCCUACAAAGAGGGGGCAAAAUAAUGGACCUGCUGUUCUGCUUAGCAGUUGCCUUUCUGGUUGCAGAGGCCCCGGCCUGCCCAGAAGUCUGCGUCUGCGUGGCGAGGAAGACCUACAGCCGACACAUAGCAGACUGCUCUUACAAAGAUCUCCGCGCCGUCCCUGCUGGCCUACCCUCCAACGCGACAACCCUGACGCUGUCCGUCAAUCGCAUCACCUCCCUCCGGGAAGACUCCUUCGUGGAUGUGGCCAAUCUGCAGGGCCUUUGGCUGACCUACAAUGAGAUCAGCACCAUCGGGAAGGGAACCUUUGGCUUCCUGGCACAGCUGAAGAAUCUGGAUCUCAGCCACAACCACAUUACAGAUUUCCCCUGGUGGGACCUGCAAAACCUCACCGCUCUGGAGUUGCUGAAGUUGAGCAACAACCGGUUGGAGAAGGUUCCCCUGGAGGCCUUCUCCAUGUUGAAGGACCUGAGGUCUCUCUGGCUGAAUGACAACAGGCUUACCGUCCUCUCCGAGGGAACGUUUGACUCGAUGCCUUUGCUGUCCUUGCUGCAGAUCAACAACAACCCUUUCAACUGCUCCUGUAAGGUCUGGUGGUUGAAACGGUGGCUUGAGAGUUCUUCAGUUUCCACCCCACAGAAGGACUCUAUCACGUGUGCCACUCCUAAGAACUUGAAAGGCCUCACUCUUGGGAGAAACCUGGAUCUGGACUGUUCACUUCCAUCCGUGCAGCUGAGCUACCAUUCCAGCCUGGACAACUCCGUCUUGCAUGAUGGACUCAGCCUUCUGUUGGACUGUAGCGCUGUGGGUAAGCCGCAGCCAGAGAUCAGAUGGAAAAUUCAAGCAUCUGGCCAAACUGUAGUGAUUAACGGGCCAAACGCAGAAGAGGAAGGGGACAACCUGCUUGCAGGUGCAAGAUUCGAGGAGAGCCCAGGGCGUUUUCUGGUCUUCAAGAACGGCUCCAUGGCCAUCUCUAAGUUCAGCAAGACCGAUGAAGGCAUCUACACCUGCCAGGCUGUUAACGAUGUUGGGUCUCGGGAGGUCUCGGUCAACGUGGCUUUGAGCAGCUCGGAAAACCCUGCGGACGAUCUCCUCCAGAACAACAUCCAAGCCAGCAAGCCCCGAGCCAAGUCUUGCGAUAAGGAUGAGUUUCCCAAGUCUGAAGAAAAGAUCGUGGUCAUCUACCUUACGCCGACGGUGUCAAAGACCACCACCAUCCGAGGAAUCCUUUGGGAGCCCUGGCCAUGGGGCAGCAUGUUUACGGUUUUCUUGCUUGCUUUGUAUACCUAAA